UGGAAUGGCAGAUGCAGAUAUAAUGGAUGAUGUAGAUGUCAUUUCAGCUUCAGAGAACAUCAAAAAAUUGCUGAAGAUACCUUUCAGUAAUGAGCAGGUCAGCUUGGCAGUCCAUCGGAUUGGGAAAACUCUUCUUCUUGAUAAACUUGAUCUCUAUAAGCACCUUAGGGAUGCCUCACAGUCUGAGAAGAAAUGGUUACAGGAUGUCUUUAUCAGACUGGUUCAGAAUGAAGGAGAGAAUAAGUUUCACAGUCAACUCAAAACAUCAGAGUAUAGACAGACAGUCGAUCUCCUUUCAAAGUUCCUUUAUCACAGCUUGGGCCCAGGAUAUGACAUACAUGUAGAUGAGACGGAAGAAGGUCAGAUCCCUGAAUUGGCUAAAGCAAUUCGGCAACUACCUGCACCACCGGAGGAUGAUGUAAGCCAGUUUGCUCGUCAGGUCAUUUGGCAAUUUGAAGACAUACGGAUGUUGAUAGGUACAGAUCUACCUAUCUUUGGUGGUACAACAUAUCCCGCUGUCAGUCUUAGAUUAAGAGAUACCCAGAGUCCCAUCAACAUUCUAACUGGGUUAGAUUACUGGCUUGAUAAUCUCAUGUGUAAUGUACCUGAGCUUGUCAUGUGCUACCAUCUUGAUGGAUUCGUACAGAAAUAUGAACGUCUCAAGACCGAGGAUAUCCCAGAACUUAAGAAUGCACAGUUCUCACCAAUGGUUGUGACAGAUAUUGCUCAAAACAUCCUAUCAUUCAUCAAUAGUAACUGCACCAAAGAAGGACAUACCUAUUGGCUCUUCAAGGGUAAAAAUGAUGAUGUGGUCAAGCUCUAUGACCUGAGUAGCCUGAUAAUUGAGCACCCAGACUGCCCUUGGGACAACCCCUUUUUGGUCCCUGUUGCCAUGUUGCUAUACCGUGUUGCUCGUAACAUGGCCCAGGCUUCCAAGAUAUCGGCCAAGAACAAGCACAUCAUUGUUUACCUUCUAAAUAAAUGCCUAUCAUUAUUGGCUCAAUGCAGAGAUCAGCAUUUAGAGAUUGUAGCUCAAGCCAACUUUAUCCUAUGUCAGAUGUUCAUGGAGGAAUCCAGGCAGAAACAACAUGGUAACAUGGGAGAUGAUGAUAGUUCAGAUUCAGCUUGGAAUGGGAGCUCUACGACCAGCAGUGAUGUGGAGGAUGAAACCAAUGAUGAUGUCGAUGAGGAACAAACAAAGAGAGGAGAGAUUGUUCUUCCACCAAUCAAAAUCAAGAAUCUUACCGUCCCUAGUAGCAAGACAUGGAAAUGCAAAGACACUGAUAGUAGGAGGUCAAAGGUCAAAUCAUUGGAUGCUUCAAAGACGGAGAAAGCAAACCAGAUUUUGAAAUAUGUUGCUGAUGGCCUUGAUGCAAUAAAGAACAGUAUCCCUGAGUCUACAACCACUACAUCUUCACCAUCACAUAGUGCUAUACCGCUUCCCUUGCCCCCUUCAACCCCUGAAAGGACCUCCUUACCUACUGGUAAAGCAAUUCCACUGCGAGAUAAACCACGAACGGAGAAGCAAAGAUCACCAGAUAGUACUGGCGGAAGGGAUGGUCAUGAAGGAAAUUUACCUCAUGGUAAAGUUCGGACAAAGAAGCUAGGGUUGGUCGACGUGUGCAUGCCUACAGGAGGAGAAGUUGCACAUGAUAUCAAGGAGGCUGGUAGAUCAGUCCAAAGAACUGAGGAAAGAACCGAAGCUCUGAAAUCCUUGGAGACAUCCGGUCAAGAGGUAGAUAACAGUGCAAUAGGACCUGAUCAAUUGUCUCUUCAAUCUACAAACAAACAAGAUGCAUCGAUUGAAAAUCCUGGUGAAAUGUCAGGGAAUCCUUGUGACCAAUUACAGCUGAAGGGUGGAGCUGGACAGUGCAGUGACCUUGUGCAGACUGACCACUCACCAAGGAGAACCAAGGCAGUGGCCAAGGAGAAACCAUUCCCUCAAGGUUCUUGGCAAGAGACAUCUGGGUUGCUAUUGCUGGAGAAGGCUUACCAGGCAUACGUCACCCUGACUGGGUUAACAUGGGAGGAACAUAAACAUGGCAGGACACUUCUCAUGGCACAACUGGCCAUCAAAUGCUUAAAUGCUUGCAGGUCAAUCCUUGAUGGAGAGAGCAAUAUUUACAAUGUUCUAAUGAUGUGUGGUGAUUCUCAUCUCUUGUUGACCCAUGACCCUAGCAACCAUCAUCUUCACCAUGAAGAUUACCAGAACAUCUCAGAGACUGACACCUUCAUCCUAGAAACGGCCAUCAUCCAGCAGACAUCACAAGAUUACGAGUGGGCAACGGAAUUCCUGACAGAGACGGAGGAUUGUUUGGAAUGCAGCAUCAAAUGUUAUAAAGCUUGUCUAAAUGAUAAGGUGAAGAAGGGGAAAGCAUUCAGGAGGAAUCUUGGUCAGAAGCUGGGGAAUGCUUCUAAUGAACUAGGUGUCUUCUUCAUGAAUACUGCAGCUAAUCUAGCUUCAGUAAAAGACUCAAUGCCCAGUACGUUUGAACAGGAGCUAUGGAAGGAGAGUUAUCGUUGUUUUGACACUGGUGUGAAGUCCUUUGAGGAAGUCUCAGAUUCAAUAAAUGUGGCUCUUCUCAAUUGUAACAUGGGGCGUCUGAUGAGGCUAUGUGCACAGAGCUAUGCGUCUGGGGGCAGCAUGGGACCAAAUUCAGAAUUUAGCCCAAAGGAGAAGCACUACUAUGUAAAGGCAGCAGAGUGUUACGCAAGGGGUCUUCACAUCCUUGGCCACAAGAGCGGACAUGUUGCAUUGUGGGAUUCCAUCUCAUGGGAGCUCUGCUCGACGUAUUUCAACAUGGCAUGUUUGAUGCAGGAUCAACCUCCAGUAGCUACCUCCACUCUAGCUGAGAUUGAGAAGGAUGUGUUGGAGUUCAUGAGCAAAGCAUUAACUCUUUGCGAUGUAGAGGAUGCAUCGUCUAGUAGACAUCCACUGUAUCAGUAUAGGGCAGCUACUAUCCAUCACAGGCUUGCAUCCAUGUAUCACAAUUCAAUCAGAAGUCAGUCCUCUCACAUGAAGAAGAAGCACACUAAGACUCUAGCUGAGCUUCACUACACAAAGGCUGUCAAACUCUUCAAGGAGAUGGAUCGUCCUGUUGAACUAAUCCGGGUUGAGCUAGAGAGAGUAGCAUUGCUAGAACAUCAGUUUGAAACUCAAACAAGCAAAGGACCCAAAGUGAAGACCCUAGAGACUGCACUAGGCAUCAUCCUUAAUUGUAGUGACAUCAUCCCUCAGUUGGAAAAACUGAGCUACAAAAUAGUAGCAAAGACUGCAGAUAAAUCAGAAUCUGUGAUGCAGGAUGUUGUAGCUUCCAAGAAGGGAGAUGUAGGGCUUCAUCAGAAUGUCAUGACGAGUGACAAGAAACAGGAAAUAGGGAACCUCAAAAAGGUUGAUGGGGAACAUGAGCAAGGAUGUGAAGCUGUAGAAGAGUCAAAGACUGAUGCCAAAAUAUCUCCUUUGAGACAAGGUGUUGGGUCAUCUGAAGGAGUGGCAUGUGAUGCAAGUCAAGCACUUGAAAGAACUACUGAGGAUCUACCCUUGGGGAAAGAGACUAAUGAAACUUCAUCAAGGGAAGAUCAGAUCCAAGGAGCUGGUGGAGAUCCUGCAUGUGAGGGAGGUGGAGCUGAAGCAGAAGUAGGUGGAGCCGAUGAUGGAGUGAAGGUAGGAGAGGACAUGACUGACGGUACCAAAUCAGAAGUUGACGAAGUCAAGAGAUUGCUGACUAUCUUUGAGAGUCGUCUUCAGUUUGUCCUGCUUUAUCUUGUCAAGUAUUCUAGCAGUGGCAAGCAUGGCUCCAAUGAUGAAGAUCGGUACAAGAAGAUGUACAGCUCAUCUCUAGGUAGACUGCACAGCUCAGCAAGCUCUGAUAAAGUUAGCCUUAGCUCAAGACUUCAGGAUAUAUGCAACAUUGCUUCUACUCAUAGAUAACAGUAGAUGAAGAUAUCUAGGCAAAGUGGAUGAAAACAUAAAAUAUUUUCGAGAAGGGAUGAGAGUUAAGAGGGAGAGAGAGAGACAGAAACAGAAACAGAGUUUGAGAGUGAUAGAGAGAAUGAGAAAUGGACAGAAUAAGGAGAUGCAUGCUUAGGCUCUAUCAGGUGCCUGUUUUGAGAAAGACGUAGGCCUAGAAAGAAGUUGCUGCACCUUGAAAAUUUUACUAAAAUUUCACUGAAAAUUUGUAGUCUAAUAUGCACUGGGAUUUCAUAUUGGUUCAUCAGCAAAACUAGUAUGCUGCACUAUUUGAAAAGACCCAGAGACCUCUGAGAAAGUGAAUGCAAGCCACUUUAUGUGCUAGUAUAAUUUACUUUUAUUAGAGAUAUUACAUUGAUUGUUGUGUAAUGUAUAUUAGUAUGCAGAAUGCAUACAGUAACAAGUUGCACGAAACCUCUCUUUACCAUUAUAAUUAAAGGCAUUACAAUUAUUGUGCAAUAUUCUAUUUGUCAGUAUUAGUAUAUAAAAAUUGUGACACACAUAAAAAGAAGAUUGCUGUUAUUCAUCUCUUAGAAAAUAAGCACUUGAAAAAAUAUAUGGAAGAAUUUUGUGUCCAGUAUCAAUUUCAAACAUAUUCAGACUGAAACUAUCAGGGUCACAGACUUGGUAUUUAUUUUGUUUAAAUGUAUGUUUUUAAGUAUUUGUCCAGUUAAAAAGGUGCCAAAUGUAUUGCUUUUAAGUUGUUCUUUUGCCUCCAAAAUACUUCCUUAAAUUUAGGUUUUUUUAAUCAUUGAGAAUGGCAUAUUUCAACUUUCAGCUGAUGUGAUUAAAAAUGAUAAUCAGUAAUAUUGGCUUGCCAUAUUUAAUGUUUUUGUAAAGACGUGGAAAACUUUAUGUACUGCUUAAUGAAACACAUCUCUUUCUUAUCUUAAUCACUUUACAAUGAAAGCCAUUAUUUUCAAGUUAAGCAAAGAUCCUGUCUGAAAGUACUUAGUUAUGAAAAUAUAUAUAUACAUCUUGCAUGAUUAAAAUAGGUAUAAGCUAUGGAAAUCCAACAAUGUCAUUGUUUAGAUUGCAUUAUGCCUGAGUAUAGUGCUUUUGAGAGAUAACCUUGACCUAUACAUUAUAAUCUUUUUGACCAAUCAGCAUGUUCUUUUGACAUUGUUAACUUUUCAUAGUUUUUACCAAUUUCACCCAUGCAAGAUGUAAAUACUGUAUAUACAAUAACCAAAAUACUUUCAGACGUACAGGAAGUAUAAAAAGAACAACUUUAUGCAAUACAUUUUGUUGUUAACCAAUGGCAUUCUGUAAUAUCGUCUAAGUUGCUUAUUAUGACAUAAAUGGCUCUCAAUAGUUUUGAUUGAUGUUAUCAUCAAUUCCCUUGUUAGGCCAGUAUUAUAUAUGAAGAGAAAGACCAACACAUAGUGCAUCUAUUUUAGUGAAUGGAUAAAGUUAAGCUAUUUAAGAAUAUACUCUGUAAUUAUAUUCUAAUUCAGAGUUUAAGAGAGCUAUUUACAAUGAUUACCAAUUUAUUAAAGAAUGAGAUUCUUCAUAAUCCUGCAGACAAGGUAGGCUUGCAUACAAUCCUCUUAUUCUAUUUCUAUUUUUCCCCAGAAGUUUUUAUCAUGACUCUAGAAACACGAUGACUAACCCAUGGUUGUAGGAUUGAAGAAAAAAAAAAACAAUUAGAAUGUGAGUAAAAGUAAUAAAUUCAGGAGUGUUCAACAGCAAGAAUCGGCAGAAACAGAAGAGAGGAGAAAAAUUAGUAAAACAGAAUGGUGAAAAUUUGAAAAAAAAAUCAGAGAAGCAAUAGGGAAGUUAUAGCUGUUUUAAAAUUGAGAUCCCCAAGAUUAUGUAAAUUUCAAAUUGGCAAAUGGGUAAGUAAAUUAUGACAAGUGGAAGGGACUACCUUCCUACGGUCCAUGUACUUCAUUAUCAGGGAUUUUUUUUCCUGUAACCUAUUUCCCUGGGGCAGUAGUCACAAUAAGAAGGGACAAUAGCUCAGUCCGUGGGGGGGGGGGGGGGGGGGGUUUCGGAUAUUCCGAUGACCCGUGUUCAUUGCCACUUGGUACGCUAAUGCCCUUUGGUAAGGCAUUAAUCCUCAUUACCAGGUCCUUCAGAGAGGACCUUAAACCGUCUAUCCUCUGGUUGCUUGCUUCCAAGCAUUCAUGCUCUCUUAGCAAUCAGGUAAAAAAAAUCACUACCAAAUAUAGUAGCAUAUUGUUUUGUCAUUGUGAAAGAAAAAUAUAAUUUGAAGUAAAACUUAAAAAACAAAACGUUUUAGCUUUUUAUGUUUUGGAGUAAAUAGAAGAGUAGUCCUUGCCUUACAUCACCAAUUCACCAUGACAUCACCAAUGCAGCCAAUUUAUUUCCAAGGUUAAACUAAUUACCAAUUUUUGCAACUUUUACAACUUUUCUAUGGUUUGUCCGAUAUUGAUCGAACUUUCCUGUCUACUUCUCUGAUUUUUCUUUUUCCUCCAAAAAUAACUUUUAUUUGGGUUAGAUUCCCCUUUAUUAACCCUUUUUUAACAAAAUUUUGCAUUUGCCUUAGGUUUCGUACAGGGACUACUUCCAUUUGGCAACAGGUUUAUAGCAAUUCAUAUUCUGAUGGGGGAAAACCCCUUGUAGGAAGUAGAUAAUCAACUUGCCCCAGCAAACCCAAUUAACCCACCUGAACCCAUUAACUACUGGAAUAUUGUGGUCCAUGUGUUUAGUCUGUGUGAGUUAUACUGUUUAGCAGUUAAUGGAAAAGACAAUACACAGACAAAGAAGUAAAAAGGUAUAAAUAUUUGAAAUCAUUAAAUGGAUAUGUGAAAUUGACAAUAUCCGCAUGGGAGUAUUCUUUUCAAGUUUGCACAAUGACUUUGUAAAUUGCAGCUUCCUCUAUAGUAUUUCUGAUUGUUCUCUGGAAAUAUAUGUGGUGCUAUUAGGGUUUAUUACUCGCAUAAUAUUGUAUUUCAAGCACAAUAAAGAUGGUCUAAUUUUGUGAGAAAAGCUAUUUUGUUGAAAGUAGACUUCAAAAAGUCUUAGCAUAAUCAAUAUAUUGCUGAAUUAUAUUAGCUCUAUAUUUUUUCUAUUCAUAUUAUCCUUCCUAUUCUGUUUUAUGUGCAAACUACCCACUAAUGUCUGUACCUUGUGAUGUGGAAAUCUAGACACAUCCAUCAGCUCAGCCCAAAUUGGCACCUAAUAUUUUUCAGCUCCUGAUGACAAAGCAAUGUGAUGAAGGGGCAGGACCACUGCAGUCUGCCCCCCCCCCCUGACGAGCCACAACCCAUGCAAAGGACGUAUCCCUGCCCCCCCUGACGAGCUUGAAAGACCUUUUUUGCCCCCCCCUGUGGAAAAUCCUAGGUACGCCACUGGGCAGGACAUACUCAUUUGUUUGAUAUCAAAUUCGUCUCAUUUGUUUGAUAUCAAUUCAUCAUAAUAGCAAAAAUAUUUUAUAAGAUACAGUAAAUUUUAUGAUGCUUUGCAAGUGCCAACUUUUCUUUGAAUUUCCUGGGUGUAUAUAAACUUUUGGCCUCAACCGUAUCUGCGUGAUAAGGAUAAAACCAUUAAGAUACAGAAAAAGUUCACCUUGUGAAUGGAAUAUCUAUUGCAAUAAUUAUGAUUAUUGUUUAUUUUCCGGUAAUUAGAGAAUAUAAUAAGAAUGCAUAUAAUAUUUGAUGAAACAAACUAUAGCAUGCAGUUCACGGCUUACAAAUAAAUCUGCCCUUUGGCAGUACUACUUCUACUGGCCAAUAUAUACAUAUGUUCAGAAACUUGAAAGUUUUCCUUGAUAUUAGGAAAAUAGAAAUAAAAGUCUGAGUCUCAGUGAUUAAAAACAAUGCUGAAAUGCUAAUAUGCACAGGAUGAUGUUUAUGUGAUUUCUCAUAUUAUGAAUAAAUCAACUAGAAAAUUAA